UUUACUACUUUUACUGAUUAAUGAUUGUUAGUAUUAGAAUAUACUUUUCCACUUAAUGUUUUGUCACUCUACUGUUAGUGUCAUUAUGCUGUAGUGUACGUCAUGAUGUGCAUAUAAAAUAUUAAAAAAACACUAAGUGGACCCGAAACAUUUUACUUAAUUAACAUACAAUUUUAUUUAUUUAUGCAAAUCUAAAUUUUAGAUAAUAUACUUAUUACAUUCAUCAGCACGUCAGUCGUGUAAAUUAUUUUCUUAUUUAAAAUGGGUCAGGUUCACUUAGAUACAAAUAAAAUAUUCUACAGAUACCUAUGAAUUCAAAGAUAGUGCAUACCAUGGAAAGUUCUAUUCAGAGUCGUGUAGUUUUUAUUUAAUCAUUCUCAUCUUGUUCUAUAAAUUGAUCAAAAUCAUUCAAAAUGACUGACUACUCAAGAUUUGAAGAUGACAUUAUUGUUAACUCAUAUCAUGCCCAAUCACCUAACCGCAAUGGAGACGUUCCAUUAAGUAUUAAUGAUUCAACAAUACCAAAUGAAGAUGGUGAAAAUAUAGAUUUAAGAAAUCACUUUGACGGUCGCCUUGAUGUGAUAUUUAGUGAUGGCGAUCGUAGAAUAGAUGUAAAUCAAUUUUGGGAGAUGAACUACCAUGAAGCAUCUAUAUUUCUUGAAGAAGGAGAAAAUAAUGAAAAAUUUGAUUCUCAUCCACAUGAACCUGAAGCUCUUCCAGCUUACCUUUUGGUACACAAUGACUGGUACUAUGGGAUGGAUUUGGCUACAUCGUUAGUCUUGAUUGUAUUAGCAUUUGCCGAAGAUCCAGCUACACCACCAUUUAAAAUGCCAAUUGCUCUACACAGUAUUAUUGAACUAUUUGCCUUGGCAGUGAUUGGUCUUGGCUUAGCAUUAAAACUUAGAUGGAUGGGUUGGCUAACAAUUUUGAAACACAAACGAACCAUGUUAAAAUGUAUAACAUUGACAAUAAUGAUUGUUGAAGCAUUUGUAGUGUUGAUACGUCAAACAUCUCAUUUCCGAGUAUCUAGAGCAUUGCGGCCAAUUUUUUUAGUUGAUACUCAUUACUUGGGUGGUGUUCGGCGAUUUAUUCGACAAAUACUUCAAUCUUUACCUCCAAUAUUUGAUAUGUUGUUAUUAAUAUUCUUUUUUGUCACCGUAUAUUCUGUGCUUGGGUAUUAUUUAUUCAAAAGUACUACAGAUGUACACAACCAUUUUGACACUUUAUUUAACAGCUUUGUCAAUAUGUUUGUUUUGUUAACUACAGCCAAUUUUCCAGAUAUCAUGAUGCCAGCUUAUUCAAAAUCUAAAUGGUAUUCUCUAUUCUUUAUUUCAUACUUAUGCAUUGUGUUAUAUCUUCUCAUGAAUUUGAUGUUGGCUGUAGUUUAUGAAACAUUCACUAGUAUUGAAAGAGAUAAGUUCCGAAAAUUACUAUUACACAAACGUCAAGCAUGUAAAAAUGCAUUUAAGUUACUUUUGACUAAAGAAAAUCCUAACCAAAUGGAAUUUGCUCAGUUUGAAGGAGUUAUGAGAUAUUAUGCCCCAAAAAAGGGCAAUCGAGAUUUAUUAGUGAUGUUUAGAUAUUUGAACACAAGUGGAACUGGUUCAUUGACCAUUGAAGAAUUUUAUGGGAUAUAUGAUGCUGUAAUGAUGACUUGGCAACCACAAGCUUUAGAUACACCUUGGUACUUCACUGCAUCUCCUACAGUACAAAGAAUUUGUCAAACUGCUAAUUCAAUCAUUUCGUGGCCAUACUUUGAUCAUAUAUUUUACGUUUUAACAACUUUGAAUGGUAUUGCAAUGAUUGAACGAGGAAUGCAAUCUUAUCCUAGUUUACAAACCUCAGUACUUGCAUUUAGUGCCGGAUGGGACACUUGUUUCUUUUUAGCAUGUUUUACUCUAGAAGUAGCAUUGAAGACACUUGGCAUGGGAUUAGAACGUUAUUUUUCAUCUGGCUGGAAUUUAUACGACUUUGUUGUGACCUUUGGAGGUUUGAUUGCCGUAAUAUCGCUACGUCUAUUUCCAGAUUUUGUCUAUGUAGUCGUUUUUAGACCACUUAAAUUGUUGCGAUUGUUCAAACUGAAGAAACGUUAUCGAGACAUUAUUGGUACUAUGGCAAUUUUAUCACCUUUAAUAAAGUCAGCUGGAUGUGUUAUGCUUGUCAUGUAUUACUUUUUUGCCAUUAUUGGAAUGGAAUUGUUUGCUGGUUAUGAUAUGAGAAAUUGUUGCAAUGGCACAAACAUUGAAACAUAUUAUAAAUACACACCUGACAAAUCUGGUUAUUAUUAUUUAAACACUUUUCCUAAUUUGGCUGUCAGUCUUGUAACAUUAUUUGAAUUGACGGUUGUUAAUAAUUGGUUUGUUGUAAUGAAUGGAUAUGCAACAAAAGUUCAUGCUGCUAGUCGAGCAUACUUUGUAUUAUUUUAUCUCUUCACCAUGGUUGUGUUAACUAUUGUUGUUGCAUCAGUUCUUGAAGCUUUUAGAUUCCGAAUUCAAUACAAAAAGCAAACUACAAAACGAGAUGAGGAAAAAUUGCUCCACGAAGAAAUUGAAUUAAAAUGGGAAGACGUUAUGAAUUAUGUAAAAGAUUUCCAAGCAUUGCAAAAAUACCGAUCUGACAUGUUUGUUGGAGUUGGUAAAAUAUCAUUUCUCGGAAGUCGACCAAGAAAUCGUCAAGUAUUACAGCGGCGAAUGUAUAGACAUGAAAUUGAACAAUGGAUGCAAGAAGCUGCUGCUAUUGAUAAACGUCUAUAAACAAACAAGUUUCUAAACGAUGAAAAAACGAAUUUAAUUGAUGGGGUCAAUUUAAAGGUAGUUUACUUAUUCCCCUUUGUCAUACAAUUCGUAAAAGGCAAGAAUAAUUAAUAAUUUUAUUUAACAAUUUAUUAAUGUAUGCUAAUGAUUUUUUUCAUUUUAAACUUAUUUAACAAUUGAAACUUAUUUUUUUUUAAGUUCUAUGAAAAUUAAUUUUUUCAAAUCACGCUUUGAUUGUAUGUCAAUUUAAUAUCAUAUACUUACGACACUUAUCUUAUAAGUUCACUAAGUACUUAAGAGCUUUAUUGAAGAAAUUGGUUGGCAUUUAAGAGUGCCGUUCAAUGAGUUACGGACAAAACUAUUAUAUUAUACAGUAUUAAAAAAUUUAGCCUGUGAUUAUAGUAUUAUUCCGAACAAAACUGAUCAAGUAUUCUGUUACUAUUUUUUUUAAUUUAAUUUAUUAUUAUUGUUUUAUUUUUAUUAAUAUUAUUUAUUUCUGUUAUGAAUCAAAUAUUUUUUCUGUGAUUAACAUUUUAUUACAUUUAAUAUUGUCUAUUAAAUAUACCUAGUAUUAUUCAAUAUAAAUUUUAAGUUGAUAGACAAUUAUAUCUGUGAAAUAAUAUUUAUCUAAUUACUUAAAAAGAUUUUAGAUCUUUAAUGUUAAACACCUAAACUCAUGGGUUGAUGAAUAAAUUUGAAAAUUCUCAAUGGAACUAUACUGUAAACUUAAUUAGAAUUCAAUUUUUUUAUGUGUGAUUUACCCCAUUAACUCUUUUACUUUGGGCUUAUGGAUUUAAUUUUUAAUAAUAUUACUACAUUUAUAAGAAAAUGUAACAAUGAGUAUAACAGUAAAAAAACUUUGUUAAUAAUUUAUUAUGUAUUAUGAAAAAUGAAGAAAAUAUGUUAUUAAAUAUUUAAUACUUUAUGCACUAUUAUUAUAACUCUUCCAAUGUAUAAUGACUAAUGUUUAAUAUCAUCUACAGCAUAUACAGAGUAUGUAACAAUUUUAAUGUUUUUUUUUUUAAAUUUUAACUUUAUUUCUAGUUAAUAUUUUUGAAAAAUGACUAAUGUAUUGGAAAGCCAUGAUUGUUAUAACUUAAAAUGUGUUUUUUUAAAUCUAAGAUUAACAUUUUAAAAAUUGAAUUACUUUUUUUUCAUCAUGGUUUAAAUUUUAAACAGGAGGUGGGCAAGUAUAUUAUAGGAUGACUAACACAGAGAGCACCCUGUAAAUAAUUUUUUUAACCAAACAUUAUUGCAUUAUUAGAUUAGUUUAGCUAGUAACACAUAACUCGUAAUAACAAUAUAAAUUAUUAUAUAAUAUUUAAAUAGCAUGAUUAACUGUGUUUUAUUUUGUUAAAUUAUAUCUGAAUUAUUUUAUUAUACAAAUAUUAUCUCUCACUUAUCAAAUACUAUUGUCUUAGGCCUUUAUCAAAAUAUUUGUGUAGUUUCACAAUACAUGGCCAUAAUCAUUGAUACUUUCUUAAGUUUCUACAUCACAUAAGCUAAAAAUAGCUAUAAGCAUAUGUUAUCAUUAUAUAUAUAUAUAUAUAUUAUACUUAAGUUUAAUUAUAACAUAAACUAAACAAAAUAGAUUUUACCCAUCAAGUAUUUGAUCUUUUCGCAAAUAUAUAUUGUUGCUGUGAUCACAUAGUAUUAUUAAUUAUUACUAUACAUAUAUUUAUGUAUGACAGUGCAGUCUAAAAUUGUUGAGUCUUCCUUACAAUUUCUCGAAUAGAAUGAUUUUACACAAGUUCCUAAAAAUUUUAAAAAUUGAAUCUAUUUAUUAGUAUUGACUUGAGUAUUUUUCAAAAACCACUGAAACUUAUAAUGCAAAAUAUUAUAAAUAUUAAUUUGAUAAAUAUCAUAUAAUAAAAUUAUAUUUGUAUUAUAGUUCACCACUAUUAUUUUGAAAUAAUUUUUAAUUCAUAACCAUAAAACAUAGUUGUCACUAUUUUAGUAGCUCUAACUGUUCCAAGUAUAAUUAAUACAUGUGUUUAAUAUAAAUAUUUAAUUUUAAUAUACUUUUUAAUGGCAUGUAUAAUAUCCAAUUUUAAGAGUACCUGAAAAGAUAACUUACAUAAACACAUUUUAAGUGUUGUAUUUAACUAAAAUAUAAUUUAUUUUAUUCAGUUACUGUUUCAAUAGCAAUUAGUAAUAAUGACUAAUGAAUAAUUUUUAAUUUUGACUGUAUGUAGAAGUAUUAUUGUGGUUGUUGACUUACUUUAUUUUUAUUUUGUUUGUUACAAUUUGUGAUUAAUAAAUUAUAUACAUAACAUAUUA